GUGACAAAUGAAAGUUCACAAACCUUCUCGCAUUUGGUACAACUUCGUUCAAUUCUUUGGAACCUUACAUCUCGGUAUACUUGCCAUCUAAUAGCUCCUUGCAGAACUUUAAAUACGGCUUAUAAGCUCUGUGAACUAUCAUGACUUCGUGUCUGCACCAUCAGGAUGCCGCGGUUCCCACCGAUUUGUAUUCAACUGCGGUAUUUCUACGUGAUCAGCUGAAGAAAGUUGAAGACCGAUGCAUAUCUGGACAGGAGCGAGGAGAACAGCUCAAGCAACAUCAUGCAGCGCUUCUGGAGGCGAUCAAAUGGUUCAAGCUCGUGGAACAAAACGAGAAGAACGUUACCGAUGAGCUCAGGCGUGAGCUCACUCUUGUAGAGGAGGAGCAGGCUCGUGGUAUCUGGCCAGCUUCUCCAGCGCCGAUCCCGUCUCGCAGACCCUCAACUACCGAUUCUUCUAGUUCGCCUUUGGUGGAAGGACCAAAGACAUCCUUGAUCGAGCAACUCGGACUGCGACUCAAUUUCGAUUCAGGCUCUGCAAACGACCACGUGUCGGAGAAUUUGUUUCUCCCAAUUAACAACCAUCCAUUCUCACCGACUUCUCCAUUCCGGCGUACUAUACAGGAUAGCUGGAAACGAAGGUUCUCCGAAUUGCUUCCAGCCUCUCGCGAUGUAUCCUCUGCAUCCCCCAACUCGGACACUUCUCAAUUGGUAACCACCCCUCGCAAAUUUGGAGGGCUCGCUGAUUCGCGUAUGAACACCACUAUUCUCGCGCCCAACGGUUACUCGCACCCCAUCAAGCCCAAAUAUGUUGGCGGGAUCGCUUUGAAGAAAUCUAUGCCUCACAGGUCUCAUCGCAAGUGGAACAAGUCCUGCAUGCCUCUUCUCCUCUCAAAGGCUCGCCUUACUAGAAAGCGUAGUACUGCUUUGAGGAUUAGCGCCCCAAUGUUGGCAACGCCCAUUCUUUGCGAAGGAAAGGAUUUCAAACAACCUUUUCCAGACGAAUCUUUCGAGUCUUCUGAUUGCUUGAUGCAGUCGUCGUCUGUGGCGGUCUCUUGCAAACAUUAGAAGCUCGGUGCUCGGGCCACGCUCAAAUGAUACCUUCCUAUAAUCACUUUCCGGGUUGCUUCAUAAUCAUGUCUUAUACCCUUGCAAUUGCCAUGACCUACUUUUUUCUGUCAAGAUCGCCUCAACUCUCCUUUCAACAUCACACGUGACUCAUCGGGACUGUGAUUACCGGCUCCUCGAUAUGUAUCGGCUGCACUGUUUGCUGAACUCCAACGUCUUGUCUCUGAUGUUAUAUGACCGCGACUUUCUAUGCGAUAGGGCGCGGCUCAAGAACCGGUACGUGGGAUUCGAGUUGUGGCGCAGUCUUCGUUAACACACGGUCUCAGGGCUCCGGUGAACAAGGUGUCAUGAUACCCUGUCUGCUGCUACGAUCACAUUGAAGCCGUCUCACGGACCUCGAAUAUAUCUAUAAGGUACCUAAACAGUCUCCCGUCGGAUGAGGCCCUACGGCGUACUUUGUAACGUACCGCGGUGCCCACCCUGUAUUCCUGUGCAUCGCACGCCGUCAAUAAACCGAGGCUUUGGACUGUAAAUGGAACCCAAGUUUUCUGAAUAAGUUUUCCGCCGCUCACGGUGUUCCGCGGGUCCUUUGAGUCAGGAAUUUCCUCGGUCCACGGCUUUAUCCCAUGACAUGCUGUAUUUUUCACAUACGUAAGGAUGCCUGCAACGGAUUCCAAAAUCUAGUCGAGUUGACGUCCUUGGGGUUGGAUUUCUCUCAAAACCAUCAGAGAACAUAACCGUAUGAUCCUAUUUGAUUCUUCGCACGAACGAUAACUAAUAGCUCUUAGAAGGCGAGAAGCUUCAUUGGAACGUUUGAUGUAGGCGUUAAGGAGCCUGGGCUUAGAGUUAUACAGCUUACAAGACCAUUUAUGUAUCUUUCCCUAGUCCAGCGCAACCGAAUAAUUGCCCCAUCC